UAAAUUGGAGAAAUGUUGAUAAAUGACGAAAGGGUGUCGCCUCCGGGGUCCCCUCACGGCUCGAGGGUACGCUAACCCAUGGGAACAGUGGAGCUGGCAGGAGGGGAAGCAGGUUGCAGAGGCGCUGGGCCGGGCCGUGACGUGGCAGGUCGCGGCCGGCUAUAAGAGCGGCGCGGCGCGCGCAGGCCGCUCAGCUGCCAACAUGAUCGCCGUCUGCGCGUGUCUGAGCGCGCUGCUGGUGGCCGCGGUGGCGCAGCAGUCGCUGGUGACCACCACGCCCCUGGCGGACGCGGCGCCAAGCACGCCCCUGCCGGCCGACAACCAGACUGACCGGCCAGACGUGUACAGCCUCCACGUGACCUCGCACAUCCAGUUCCGCUACGCCAGCACCAUCGUGAGCAGCCGAGUGGCCAAUGUGGCCGCCGCUGCCCGGGAGGUGGUGUUCAGUGUGGUGCUGCCCGAGACCGCCUUCAUCUCGGGCUUCCUCAUGCAAAUCGACGACAAAGUGUACAAGGCGCACGUGAAAGAGAAGAAAGCAGCUAAGAAGGAGUACGAUGAAGCGGUGAAAGAAGGCCAGACUGCUGGUCACGUGGCUCAGAGUGCUCGAAACUCAAACAGGUUUACUGUUUCGGUGAACAUUGAAUCUCAGAAGAAAGUGACAUUCAACUUAACUUACGAAGAACUGUUGAAAAGAGAACUGUCAGUAUACAACCAUGUUAUCAAUAUUGAUCCGGGCCAGAUUGUCCAUGACAUGGCAGUGGAGGUGAACAUCAAUGAGUCUGCUAAUAUCACAACUCUCGAAGUGACGAACUUGAAAGAUAGCAAUGAAAUUGAAUUUGAAAAAUCUUCCAACAACCCGCUGGCGCAGAUCGCGCGGCCCUCCGGCAGCAGCGCCACGGUGCGCUGGGCGCCCUCCGAGGACCAGCAGCGCGGCCUGAGCGCCGAGGGCGUCAAGGGGCAGCUGGCCGUGCGCUACGACGUGGACCGAGCCUCGCACCCCGAGCAGAUCCUGGUGAACGAGGGCUACUUUGUGCACUUCUUUGCGCCCUCGGACCUGCCUGCGCUCAGCAAGCAUGUCACGUUCCUGAUGGACGUGAGUGGUUCCAUGGCCGGCCGCAAGAUCGAGCAGCUGCGAGAGGCCAUGAAGGCGAUCCUCGCCGACUUGCGGCAGGGUGACUUCUUCAGCCUCGUCGUCUUCUCCACCGAUGUCCAGGUGUGGGACCCGGAGCACGAGCUGGUGGUGCCGCAGUCGUGGAACUCCUGGAGCCCGCAGCUGAACCAGAGCGAGUCGGCGGCGAGCGAGGCCGCCGUGGUGCCGGCCACGCCCCAGAACAUCGAGAAGGCCCAGCGCUUCGUCAAGCAGCUCCAGAGCUACUACAGUACUAACAUCCAUGGCGCCCUUCUGAAGGGCCUGGAGCUGGCGCAACUCGGCAAGAAGCUGACUUCAGACUACGACAAUAAGCCAGAGCCAAUCAUUAUAUUCCUGACCGAUGGUGAGGCCAAUGUCGGGGAGAGCGACCCUGAUAAAAUCGUGGGUAUCGUGACGGACAAGAACGGGGCGGACAGCGUGGCCAUCUUCGCCCUGGCCUUCGGCGACUACGCCAACUCGCAGUUCCUGAGGAAACUGUCCCUGCGCAACUCGGGCUUCGCACGCAAGAUCUACGAGGCCUCUGACUCCGCGCUACAGCUGCAGGACUUCUACCGCGCUGUGUCGUCACCACUGCUCGCCAGGGUCAGCUUCGUCUACCCUGAGGCUCAGGUGGAGGAGGGGAGUCUGUCCCAGACCAACUUCAGCGCCUUGUUCAGAGGCUCGGAGCUGGUGGUGGUCGGCAAGCUGCAGUCGGGCGAGCUGAGCGGACACGUGACCGCCAGGACGGCCAAUGGGACCGCCACCGUGGCCUUCGAGCCGGCGACCAGCGCGCCCUUCCCCGCCUGGGAGCUGGCCGUGCAGCAGCGGCCCGAGAGGAACUACUCGCAGGCCAGCUUCAUGGAGCGGCUGUGGGCGUACCUGAGCGUGCAGCAGCUGCUGGAGCAGCAGGCGGCCGAGACGCAGGGCAACGACACUUCCGCGAGCGAGCAGCGCGCCCUGGACCUGGCGCUCAAGUAUGGCUUUGUGACACCUCUCACCUCGCUCGUGGUGGUUAAGCCAAAUGAAACCAUAUCAACCGAAACUGAAAAAGGUGAUGUUCCCGGGCAAGGAUAUGGCAGCAACUUCAUCGCCCCGCAGGCUGCACUUUCAGGUGUGGCCGACCGAUUCAGUCUUGGUGCAGUUGGAGGCUUUGCGAGGCCGGUCUCCUUGGCCAGCUUCCCGGGGGUGCCGGCACCGUCUGCCCCCUUCGCGCCGGCCUUCCCCCUCAGCACACGAGCUCCUGACAGCACCAUGCCACCACGAGCUCCUGACAGCACCACGCCACCACUAGCCCGGGUGAUACCGGCACAGGACCUGGCAUGGCUGGCUGGCAUCAGCAACUCCACUCAUGUCCUUUUAAAGCCGGAUUCUCUUGGCGAAGCUAAGGCCUUGGAGUUGGGACUCAAUAAGACGGAUGAAGUAUUCAGCCCUUGCAGCUCACCCCUGGGAGAAGGGCACUGCCGGUAUCUGCCUCAUUGCGCGCUGGAUGUGUUUGAGAACAGUGUAGACCAGUUCUACCCGUUCCUCUGCAUCAUAGACACGUAUGCAGGAGUUUGCUGCCCCAACUAUGUCAAGCCAGUUUUGGUUGCUGUAUAACAUAGCUACAAUAAGAAGAAUGAAGUGCAUUCAUUGUAUGAUACUCUUUUUCAUACACCUGUAGUUGUGGUGCUUAAAAUGAAAAAAAAGAGGUGACAUAUCAGUCGCUUAGGUUAUUUUACACAUAUAACUCAAACAUUCCAGCAUUUAUACUUAGUUUAUGUGAAGCAUAUUCCACUAGCUUGGUUUACAGAAAACUGCUUCAACUAUGACGGUAGAUUUUAUAAUAAAAGAUAAAUAUAAUGUUGUUUUUCUUUCACUUACCUAAACGUCUCCGAUACAAUCAGUUUCCUGGAGUUUGUAUCAUGAUGGACAGACUGGGAUGCAGAUUCUCACCGUGGCUUUACUUCAAGGGUCUUAAUUUCACAAUUUAUUAAUAUUUUAUAUUUCAAGACAUUAAAGUAUUGUGACAACUGGUUGUUUGUUUAUUAUUAUUUUAUUUGAUUUUGAUUUGACUUGUUACUGCUACCAAAUUAUAAUGAAAUAAAUAUUGAUAUUA